AUGGCUACCUCACAAUAUUCGACGUGCAAUCUACCUGAUGGCGCUACAUUGGCGUACGAGGUUCUUGGUGGCGAAUUGACGGCUACGAAUAUGGUGCCUCUUGUGCUGGUCUGCGGCAUGGCGUCUACUCGAGCCGACUGGGUGCGGCUUAGUCCUGUGUUUGCCCAAUCGCGACCUGUCUUGAUCUACGACCACAGAGGAAUGGGCGAUUCGAAGCACCCUCUCGGACUACAUCCAGGCGGAGACGAAUUCACUAUCGAAACUCUUGCACGCGACUUGGCUUACCUCAUAGGCCAUCUCGGCUGGUCGGAGGCUGCGUUCCUGGGCUUUUCUAUGGGCGGGGUCGUGGUUCAACAAAUGCUGGUGCUCCCUUACUUGCCACAGAACCCUCUGUCGUUAGUCUUCCGGCCAACGCACGUCAUUCUGGCGAGUACACGGUCCGAAGUGUUGAGCGAUCCACGACAUGGCCUGCAAACUGUCCCAGAGCCACCAUCAAAGCCGCCUACCGACACGGAACGGUACGAAAACAUCCGAAAGACGAUUGAAGCCACAGUCGACCCGGCGUGGAUUAAAGCAUACGGAAAGCAGUAUCUGGGACCGAUGAUCCAAGGAGUCAUCUCUGGCAGGCCACGUUCCUUGCACACCAUAAGCAGGCAGCGGAAGGCGCUCCAACUAUUUGAUUUCAAGGACUUGUUAGCCAAGAUCCCAAAACAACUUCCCGUGCUGGUCCUUCAUGGCGAAGCCGACCAGAUAAUUCCCUUCGAAUGCAGUCAGGAAACUUUGCGCAGUAUCCGUGGGGCGAAAUUCGUGCAAGUGGGGACCGAGCCCGGAAUGCUCCCGUCACUCCAGUUCGGCCACAACUUUACGCUCUACUUUCCGGUUAAGUCGGCUAACUUGAUCCCGGACCCUCACCAAACGACGACAGCAAUGCCCACUCAGCGACUGUUACUGCCUGACGGAGCCAAGCUGGCAUACGACAUUCUCGGCGCUGAGAAGCUUAACCAUGCGUCGCCCAUCGUUUUGGUGGGUGGAGUCAGUUCUCGGAGAAUAGACUGGAAUCGGCUGUCUACUGCGCUGGGACGCGUUCGGCCAGGCAAUCCUCAUUAUUUGCUAUCACUUUCUGUGCACUUAUGCAAUGUCAAGUUCUUGUUUAUGACCACAGGCAUGGGGAUUGGCGAUUCCGAGCUUGCCGACCGCGACGAAAAACACACCAUCGAGCUUCUGGCCCGCGACUUGCUUCUACUGCUUGAACACCUAGGAUGGAAGGAGCUCUCCAUCUGUGGCUUCUCGAUGGGCGGCGUCGUCGUCCAACAACUUCUCCUGCUUCCAUACCACCCUGAGCGACCGACCCCGCUGCCUUUCGCGGUAACCCACGUCUUUCUCACUGGUUCACUGCCCUCUCCGCUCCGCGAUUCCCGAUAUGGCUUGCCAGUACCUCCUCCCCCCACCAAAGUGCUCUCGGAACAGGAAAAGAUGGACAUUGCACGGCAUAUGCUGGACCUCUCAUUUGACCCCGUGUGGCUUUCAGACCCGGGUAAUGCUUCAAGAAUCGACCAAAUGCUGAUCCAUAGGACUUCGAAAAGGCCUAGCAAUGUUAUCUGGAAGCAGCUGCGCGCGAUGAACCGUUUUGACUUCACAGACCUGCACGCAAAACUGCCACGCUCGAUAAAAUUCAUGGUCAUCAAUGGUGAACUGGACCGCAUUGUCCCGCCCUACAGCGCCCAAGACAUCAAAAGCAAGAUUCCGUGGGCAGAGUCAGUCGAAAUAGGGCCCAAUCGCGGAAUGGUGCCCACUAUGGCGUUUGGCCAUAGUUGGUACGAAUACUUCGACGUGGAGGUUUGGGUCGAGAUAAUCGAGGCAUUUAUCGCAAGGAAAAUCAGUGCAAGGCUGUAG